CCAACCAUGGCGACAACCGGAAUUGUCGAGUUCCUAGACGGCACCAGCGAGAAACACGGCGGCAGUCACGGUGGUAAGGGGAAGAAGCGCCAGCGCAAGCAGCUGUCAUCUUCGUCCUCGUUUCUAGACCGCUUCGAUAGUGGCAGCGAGGAUGAGAAAGAAGGGGGGAAGACGCGCAAGCGCGGCACUCCCGAGGCUUCAAACGGAGACGCUCCUAUCGGGGCAGAGAAUAAACUUGUUGUAGAUGCGAAGAGGAAAAUCUCUGCCGAACCGGCGGCAGCGGGGUUGAUAGGAGACGGAGGUGAUACUAACGAAGGGCGCGAUUUCGACAGGCGAGAGGCGCAAGAGAGGGUUUUAAAGGGUGGGGCGGCUGUUGCGCAAAUAAAGGGGGAUAGGGGGAAGGAGGAUUCCGCUGCGCGCAAGGGGGGGGUUAAGAGAAAGGGUUUAUCGGGAUCUCCUGUAAAGGGUUUAGGAGGGGAGGGUGGAGGGUUUAGGGAUGAAGGUUUGGGAGAGGAAGCGGAGGAGGCGGAAUUUGUAGAGGACGAGGAGGAGGGGGAUGGGGAGGAGGGAAGUGUGGGAGAGAGUGAGGGAGAGGAGGAAAGUGAGGAGGAGGGGAUGAGUGAGGGUGAGAGUGGAGAUGAUAGAGGGGACGAGGAGGAGGAGGAGGAGGAUGAGGAGGAGGAGGAGGAGGAAGAGGAAUCAGAUGAGGGGGAUAGUGUAGAGGAUGGGGAGGAAGGGGAGGAGGGGAGGGAAGGGGAGGAGGAUGAUGGGGAAGGGGAGGGCGGAAGGGGAGGCGCAGCAGGAUCAGCAGCGCCAUCGCCGUCGUUCGCCAAGGCCUUCGCGAGCAUCAUGACGAAGAACGUCGCUGUUACCGGCUCCGGCAAGGAAGGAGGGGCGCUUUUCCUCCCCCGUUCCUCCUUGCCCUCUUGCCCUCUUGCCCUCUUGCCCUCUUGCCCUCUUGCCCUCUUGCCCUCUUGCCCUCUUGCCCUCUUGCCCUCUUGCCCUCUUGCCCUCUUGCCCUCUUGCCCUCUUGCCCUCUUGCCCUCUUGCCCCCUUCUCCAUUCCCUCUCUUCACCAGCGCCCAUCCUAGCAGCGCGGAAGAAGUUGCUAGAGGAAGGAAGGGAAGCCGAGGGGAAGGAGACGUCGAAAGCCAAGGUGGUGUCUGCGGCUGAGAGGAAGCAGGCCAAGCUAAUGGCACGGGAAAUGGCUCAUGUUCUGCCCGAGCCAUAUCUGGGUCCAAAGGAAAAGGCUCUGGUCAAGAUCGCCACCAAGGGAGUUGUUCGCCUCUUCAAUGCAGUCAGCAAGGCCCAAAAGGUGCAGAAGCAAGCAUCCAGCAAAGACGCUGAGAAGAAGACCAAGGCAGCUUUCCUCACGGAGCUGAGGGGCUCAACGGCACCAGGAGCAGGAGUAGGCGGCGUUGGCGGUGCUGCAGGCAAGCAAGGGGGCAAGGCUAACCCAGAGACUGCCACUUCUGCAGCAGCGCCAGCAGAGCAGCCGACAUGGUCGCUAUUGGCCGAUAGCUUCCAACUGGGGCAGUCGAAACUCAAGGGCUGGGACAAGGGGGAUGAGGAGCCCAUGGCUUUUGAUCCAGAGGGCAUUGCGAUUGGGGAGCUCGAUGAUGAUGAUGAGGGGGGAGGGGAGGAGGAGGAUGGUGAUGAUGAUGAUAUGGAUGAGGAGGAAGAGGAGGGUAGUGAUGAGGAUGAAUGAGUUCACAAGAAUGGAAGUGUUGUGUUUGCUGCCUUUCUUUCUGCUAGUGCCUGUUGUCAUCAACUUGCCACCGGUAUUGGCGGGUCUACUACUGUAAUCGCCCGAAUAUAGGCCCAUCCAUUUAUUAGCCCAGUGCGCUGAGUGCAAGUGCGCUUAUAUUCGUUAUUUCAUUAUAAUUACACCCACUUAAAAAAUGUAUUUCCUGUAG